AUGCAAAUAUCAACCCGAAUGUAUCUGAUCUUAUUCCUGCAACUUAUCAAAGAAGCGGUCGCCUGUCCAACAUACUGCGCUUGCAUCUGGAAAAACGGAAAACAAACAGUUGAAUGUAAAAAGAAAAAUCUUUUAGAAAUUCCAGAAGGUCUGGAUCCCUCGACGCAAGUUUUAGACUUUUCCGGAAAUAAAAUAGGAAGUCUUUAUAAAGACAUGUUUCAUAAAAAGCAGCUGGUCAAUCUACAGCGUCUUUUUUUAUCAAAUUCUUUAAUAAAAUCUGUCGAUAAAAGCGCGUUCGAAGGUUUGACGAAUUUAGUAGAACUGGAUUUAUCAAGUAAUUUAAUAGAUACAAUUCCAAGUGAAGCAUUUAUACGAUGUCGUUCUCUAAUGAAAUUGACUCUAACAUCGAACCCCAUUACAGCUCUUAAGAAAAGAAGUUUUGAGCACUUAACGCAACUCAAUACCCUCGAGCUCAGUGACUGUAAUAUAUCUGAAAUAGAAGAAGGGGCUUUUCAGGGACUUCACAGUUUGGAGUGGUUACAUUUAGGAGGCAACCGUUUAAAAACAAUAGCGGGUCGUAGAACGCUUCCUGAAUAUGUAAAGGGAAUCGAAUUGGAGAAAAAUUCUUGGGAAUGUGACUGCCAUAUUCAGGAUCUCGCGCGGUGGUUAAAAGACUUUAAAAGUUUACUUUCCGUCGAACCUGUCUGUCAGGGGCCUUCGCGUCUAGCAAGUCGCUCUAUUCGGUCGAUACCGAUCGCUGAGCUCGCUUGUCUUCCAAAUAUCACGCCUACUUCUUUUUAUUUGGAAUUGGGAGAAGGAAAGAACGUUUCGCUGACGUGUCAUGUACACGCGAUACCGGAAGCUACUGUGUCGUGGUGGUUUCAAGGAGAGAUGCUGCAGAACGAUACGAUGGUAGCACCAGGAAUUCACUUAAUAUAUUACGUCGAGGAAGGCACCGAAAACAAACGAAGCGAACUAUUUAUUUACAACGCUAAUGCCGACGAUAACGGGACUUUUAUUUGUAACGCCGAAAAUACUGCAGGCUCAUCUCAAGCCAAUUUCACCAUUAGAAUUAUCCUUAAGGAAAACCCCAUUGUAAUAGAAGUGCUGUUUCCUUUCGAGUAUAUUUUAAUAGCCAUUGUUGGCAUUGCUGUGUUGGGUGUAUCUGUGUUAUUAGCCUUAAUAGCAUUAAUAAUUAAGUGUCGACGAAAUAAUAAACGACGGAAAAAGUUAAGUUGCCGAAGGGAAGGAGACGGUGAAGAUCAUCAAAAAAUGGAAAUGUAUGCAAAUGAAUUUCCCCAACCACUUCAAAUUCCAAUUGCGAGGCUACGGGAAAGCACAGAAUUCCUAGAUGGUGGACGAUGCAUUAUCGAUUCUGAGGGUUACCCCGUCGACUACGGCCUUCCAAAAAUCCCCUGUCGAACGGUACCGAAUCAAUUCGCCGCUGAAGCGUAUUACAGGACGUUGCCGUCCAAUCGGUUGAAGAGACACUCCGCUGCGAAUCCAUUUCGCAGGAUCUCUAGAGAGGCGGAAUUCCUCUCAAGGAGUGUUGAUUCUCCAUAUUAUGAUAAUUCAGUGGAUGUUCGAUAUACUGCCGAUGGAUAUCCAGCAAGGGCACAAAUUCCGGGAUCUCAGUACCCCAUAGAAAGCGUAAUGGACACUAUAUCGCCUUCAUCGUUACCCUACUGUACAGUGGCGUGGCCGACGUGUGUUCCAGCGAAUAUUCACAUCAUAAACUCUAACGUAAAUCCUAGUUUAAAUCCGAAUUUAAACCCAAACUUAAACCCCAGUUUAAACGUGGCUUAUCAACAGUGUUUAUCGAGACGUAGUGCUAGUGCUCAAACUGACAAUGAUAGUGGAGAGUGUAUUGAACAACCGUUUUUAAGUGGAUCUCGUGUAAAUAUUAAUAACCCUAGUAAUAAUACUAAUAAUAAUAAUAAUAGUGAACCUGCUGUGAGUUCUGAACAAAAUGACACGAUGAGUGAGUUAUUGACGGAGAGUCCAGAUGAAGGAUAUGAAGGAGAACCUUCAGUUGUAUAA